GCCUUCGGCGGCGCAAGCAGCCUCUGCCGCCGCUCCGAAGGAUCCCCCCGCCCCGUCAGGUACACCGAGGCGUGGCUCUGCCUGCUGCAGCAGGCGACCGCCGAGGCAGUGCGCGAGGCCGCGGCCGCCGCCGAGCAGCAGCAGCUGGCGGCGAGGCCGCAGGCGGACGGCCCGCCGAGGCCGCGGCCGCCCUGGGCGCCCGCGGCUCCGCCCGAAGAGCACCCGCUGGCGUCGCUCGGCAGCAACGCGACAGGCGCGGCCGCGUGCGCGGCGGCAGGCGCCUCUGGCGGGGCACACGGCCUCGCAGAGAAGGUGGCCCCAGCCGUCUCCAGAUUCAGCGUGUGCGUGCCCAAGCAGUACCCGGGCGUGCAGUACCGGAAGUCGAAAAACCUCUCCGACCGGUACCAGCGCUACGCGGAGCACGGCAGCGUCGUCGCCGGCGUCAUAGAGGGGGAGUGGCUGAAGCUCAACAGCAAGGUCUUCCUGCCAGUGAGGGUGAACGGGAUGCAGAUCCUCGAGCCUCUGGCCGACGACGCCAGCGACUCCAAGGCAGGGGGCGCUGCCCACGCUCACCUCGUGGAGGGCCAUAUCCAGAGGCAGAGUCCACGGAUCGCCAGCCCAUGCCUGCGCGCCCCCGCGAGGUACAUCCUGGGGGCUGCGCGCGGCAACGCGGCGGAGGAGCUCGGUCGGGCGCUGGCGGCCUACGACUCGAGCCUGGCCGCCCCGGGGGGGGCCACGAACGCCAGCGCCCGGCGGAUGUCUGCGGAGGCCCUGCUGAGGCUGGGGCGCUACGAGGAGGCGUUCGGCGUGUUCUCCCGGCUGGCCGAGGCGAGGGAGGCCGCGGCAGCGUGGGAGGACCCGGGCUGGGGCAGCCUGGAGGUGCCGCCGUUCCGCCUGCGGCACGACGCGGCGCUCUGCGCUCGCCUGGCGUCGCUGGGGCGGCUGGACGCGGCCGCGGCCGAGGAUUCGGCGGCGGCCGCGCUGGAGGAGGUGGCCGGUCGCGUGGAGGCGCGGUGCGGCGGCGACUGCCGGCGGUACCCGUCGCGGAGCAGAAGGCGGCACGGAGAGGUGGCGCUCUUGAGGAGGGGCCUCUUCGACGACCUCGGCCGCUCCAGCGCGGGCUACCCGGCGGCGCGGCUCGCGGCGUGGAGCGGCGCGGGCGGCUGCCCGCCGGACCCGCUGAACGCUUCCGUGGACUGGGCCGCCGUGUCCGAGGACCCUGGGAGACUUACCUGGCCAGCCAGCUCGUCGUGGUGGACGACUUCUUCGCCCCGGAGGCCCUGGAGGAGCUCUGGGCAUACUCGGAGAACGCGCCCUGCUUCCGGACGGUGAGGAACGGCUUCCUGGGUGCCUUCCCCGGCGACGGGAACGUGCACCCCGUCAUCUUGUCGGCCGCGCGGUCGCUGGAGCGCAGGAUGUCCGCAGUGCUGCGCGGCCACCCCCUCGGCCUGUGGUGGCUGUUCAAGUACACCGCGUCCUCGCCGAACGGCAUCGCCAUCCCGGCGGCGCUCCUGCGCGGGGCCGGCGCGAGGGGGGGGCCGCCCCCGCCGCGAGGGCACGCGAGAGGCCCCUCUCGGAGGGCGGGGGCCCUGCUCCGGGAAGGCCCC